AAGCAUUUUCUUCGCUUCCAUUUUUAGCAGGCCGUGUUUCCAUAAAAAAUCUUGCUCCGAUGGAGAAAGCAGGCCUGGUACUGGGAGCCAUCGAGAGUUUGGAAACAAAACACUGCAACAUUUGAUAUGUUGUUAUUUUGGUGGUAAGGGUGUCUGCCCUUGACUUAUUCCGACAUAGCUAUGGCGCUCAGGCCAUAUAGCCACCGCAGUGCCAUAAAGGAGUACGCAGCGCCGUGGAACAACAGCCCGCCUCGGGAGGGGCACGCAAGAAUGGCCGAUCAGUACCUCUACCCUUACGACACCACACCGUCAACGCAGCCUGUGGAAUAUUACUACUACGUCGACGGCCAGGAGGGAGUGCCUAUAGUGGUCAUGGAGGGAGAGGAUGGGUAUUAUUAUGUCACGAAGCCGCCGGAGGCAGAGAGGCCGCGCCCGCCGACGCCACCGCCACGGACGUUCCGACCGAGUCAGUCGCCGACUCGCUCGCGACCGAAUACGCCGACGUAUACGUCCCGCUCUCGGCCCAACACACCAACGGCUGGGCUGACGCCUCGGUCGCGCCCGAAUACACCGAGAUCCCGCCCUGGCACUCCGAGAAGACGUACGAUCUCUGGCGUAGAGCCUUUUAUUGAGCAGCGAUCGCAGGCGUUCACGGAACCACCGCGAUCGUACGGUUUCAACCACGUCGAGCCGCCGCGGCCUUCGUACAAAAAUGUUGAGUCAAGGUCUUCUUACGCUGCUGCUGACCCCAACCCACCUUCCCGAGUGGAGAGAAGACUAGCGGAGGUGCAACGGAGGUUUUCCGAAUCACAAAACGACUACAAAAGAACCAAACCCAGACGUGUCCCCAGAAGAAGGUCUUUGGCUUCAGAAGACGGCCAGAUGUCCUUCCGAGGUCUUCGCACGAGCAAGUUCCGCCAUGUCUUCGGCACGGCGAUGCGAAAGGACGCCCACUACGAGGGGAUCCGAGUCACCCGUAACUCCUGGGACUCCACGUUCUGCGCUGUCAACCCUAAAUUCUUGGCCAUAGUCACCGAGGCCGCCGGCGGAGGCUGUUUCCUCGUCUUACCCAUCGAAAAGGCAGGGCGAGUGCCUAACAACCCCCCCAUGGUGGCUGGACACCGGGCCGCCGUGCUGGACAUACAGUGGAGCCCCUGGGACGACAACAUCAUUGCCAGCUGCUCUGAGGACAUGACUGUCAAGGUGUGGGUGAUUCCUGAGAAGGGUAUGGAGGAGAGCAUCACGGAGCCCGCAGCCUCGCUGGAGUGGCACCAGCGGCGUGUGGGCUUCAUCGCCUGGCACCCCUCCGCACACAACAUACUCAUGAGCGCAGGUUCGGACAACAUGGUAGUGAUCUGGAACGUGGGUACAGAGGAGCCGUUGUCUGUGAUCGAGUGUCACACAGACAUCCUCUGGUCCUGUGGGUGGAACUACAACGGAACCCGCAUCGUCACAACAUGCAAGGACAAGACACUACGUGUCAUCGACCCUCGCACAGGGGACGUCAUCUCUGAGAAGAAGAAGGCCCAUGACGGAGCGAAGCCGCAGCGAGCUGUGUACAUGAAGGACGGACGGAUCUUCACAACAGGGUUCUCCAGGAUGAGUGAACGGCAGUACGCACUGUGGGACGAUAACAACCUGAGUGAGCCCAUCACCCUGGAGGAGAUAGACACCAGUAAUGGAGUCAUCUUCCCCUUCUACGAUCCCGACAACAACAUGGUGUAUCUGGGAGGCAAGGGUGACAGUAACAUCCGUUACUAUGAGGUGACAGACCAGUCCCCCUACGUGCAUUACAUUGAUAGAUUCGACACCUCGGACCCCCAGCGAGGACUGGGCUUCAUGCCAAAGAGAGGGGUCAACGCCCUACAGAAUGAGAUAGCCAGGUUCUACAAGCUGCAUCCAAAUAAAUGCGAACCAAUCAGCUUCACUGUUCCAAGAAAGUCUGAGUUGUUCCAGGAGGAUCUGUACCCGGACACGGCGAGUCAGACACCAGCCAUCACCGCAGACGAGUGGAUUGAGGGGAAGGUGGCAGACCCCAUCCUGAUGUCCAUCCGCGAUGAGCUGGCCAGUGUGCUGCCUCAGAAACCUAAACUGGCCUCGCUGAAGAAGCCCAAUGCCCUAAACAGGCCCAAGCUGCCAGCAGCCAAAACCGCCUCCACCAACAGUGUGCGAGACAGCGCCCCUGCCAAACCUGCUGUCGAAACACCCCCCGCACCCAAGGUGGAACGGUCGGCGCCGCCUCCGAAGGUUGAGCGGUCCCCGCCGGCGCGUGAGCGAGACUGGUCACCCCCUCGGGAGUCUCACGGCGCGGGAGACCGGCAGACGUCGGUGGCCGCCACGGCGCAGAAACUCCAGCAGCAGCACAACGCUUACGAACGGCAGGAGGUCCACGCACGUGAAGAGGAGAAAGUGGAGGAAGGUGCAGGAGCUAAGGAGCCUCCUCCCGAGCCCCCCAAACCUGACCCUGAACCUGAGCCACCAGCGCACUAUGCCCGACAACGAUUAUACGAAGACGAGCGCGCCAGACAACAACUCUACGAGGAAGAGAGAAUCGCACGGGCGCGGGAAAACGCCAAGAGAAGAUCAAGAUACGACAAUCCCGAUUUGUACCAGCCGAGACAACCGGCCGCACCGCAGCCCCAAAUUCCACCCGACUUCGACUUCCAAGAACUCCUGGAAGAGGUGAAAGGUCUCCGUGCGUUGGUACGCCAACACGAGAGGAGGAUCAUGAACUUGGAGGAUGCCCUCGGAAUAGGAGAUUAACCUCUGAACCUUAACCUUCGCCCUGCUGAGGUCGUCUCGCCCUUUGGCGCCAAAUUUGUAUUGGUUACAUACAGGGUUAGGCAGCAGGGAGAAGGUUAACCAUAGUGCAACCACUACGUAGUGUAGCCCCCUGAUUUUUCCUUGUAGUUAAAAUCAUAUAAACUGUUGUGAUCACAGUUAAACAAGUUGAUCUCCUUUGUAUAGUUGAUAUAGCAGUGAGCCCCGACAUUAUUCCAUUCUAGAUACCUCGGCCACCCCUGCUGGUAAGUGGUGCUGUCCUAGCUCUUGUAUCAGUUCUGUGUACGUUUGGGAUGCUCCAUGUAAGUUGGAGGGGUGUUUCUGGAAUGGUUUUAGCCACCGAAGCGAUUCAGGCUUGGUGGAGAAUGUGGCUGAUUGUAGCAGCGUGCUGACCAGCUUACAGUUAA